CUCUGGCUCUCGGCCAUGGCGAGGCUCAGCCGGCGCGUCUCUUGUACCCUGCUGCUCGGCCUGGCCGCGGUGCUGCUGAAGGCGCGGCUGGUCCCCGCGGCCGCUCGAGCCGAGCUCAGCCGAUCCGACCUCAGCCUCAUCCAGCAGCAGCAGCAGCAAAGGCAGCGGGAGGAGGCUGAGGAGGAGAGGCCAGAGGUGCCGGGGGCAUCCUCCACCCUCACUGUUCCAGUGUCUGUAUUUAUGCUGAAAGUACAGGUGAAUGACAUCAUCAGUCGUCAGUACCUGAGUCAAGCAGUUGUAGAAGUGUUUGUAAACUACACGAAAACAAAUUCCACAGUAACUAAGAACAAUGGAGCAGUGUUGAUAAAAGUACCCUAUAAAUUAGGGCUCAGCUUAACCAUUGUUGCUUACAAGGAUGGCUACGUGUUGACACCUCUGCCUUGGAAGACUGGAAAAAUGCCAAUAUAUUCAUCAGUUACACUUUCACUGUUCCCGCAAAGCCAAGCAAAUAUAUGGCUAUUUGAAGACACUGUUUUAAUUACUGGAAAAUUAGCUGAUGCCAAAUCUCAACCAAGUGUUCAGUUUUCAAAAGCCUUAAUUAAACUACCUGACAACCAUCAUAUUAGCAACGUAACAGGCUAUCUUACAGUUCUACAACAAUUUUUGAAAGUGGACAAUUUCCUGUAUACAACUGGAAUUAUGCUCAAUAAAUCAGGUUUUGAAAGUACUGAAUUGACUCCUCUUGCUGCAAUAUGCGUGAAAAUAUAUUCUGGAGGAAAAGAAUUAAAGGUGGAUGGCUCUAUUCAAGUUUCUCUCCCCCUUAUACAUACAAAUGAUGUAAGUGCAGGGGAUCAGAUACCUGCCUGGACAUUUGAUAUGAACAUAGGUGCUUGGGUAAAUCACGGCCAGGGAAUGGUCAAGGAACAUAACAAUCACUUCGUCUGGACAUAUGAUGCACCACGUUUGGGCUACUGGAUAGCUGCUCCACUUCCAGGAACUAGAGGUUCAGGUAUAAAUGGAGACUCAAGGGAUAUAACUGCCUACCACACAGUGUUUCUUACAGCCAUAUUAGGAGGAACAAUAGUCAUUGUCAUUGGAUUUUUUGCUGUGCUUCUUUGUUAUUGCAGGGACAAGUGUGGUACUCCGCAGAAGAGAGAAAGAAAUAUCACUAAACUCGAGGUCCUCAAGAGAGACCAGACAACUUCAACAACACACAUAAAUCACAUCAGUUCAGUCAAAGUUGCAUUAAAAGCCGAGGACAAGUCACAGUUAUUUAAUGCCAAAAACUCCUCAUAUAGCCCUCAGAAAAAGGAACCAUCAAAGGCAGAAGCAGAAGAAAGAGUUUCCAUGGUAAAAACUCGGGACAAUUUUAAAGUCUACAAUGAAGAGGUUUCAUUUCUAUCAGCCAAUCCAAAUAAUUACUCAAGAAACCCAACACAGUCUUUGGAGCCCAAUGUAGGGUCCAAACAACCUAAACACAUUAACAACAAACCAUCUUCAUCUCUAGGUGAUGCACAAGAGGAAAAGCGGUAUCUCACAGGUAACGAAGAGGUAUAUGGACAUUCCCACAUUCCUGAACAGCUUAUGCACAUCUACAGCCAGCCCAUCGCCAUCCUUCAAACAUCUGACCUUUUCUCCACUCCAGAGCAGUUACAUACUGCUAAGUCAGCUACUUUGCCAAGAAAGGGACAGUUAGUCUAUGGCCAAUUGAUGGAACCAGUUAGUAGAGAGAACUUUACACAGACGUUGCCCAAAAUGCCAGUGCAUUCUCACACACAGCCCCCAGAUGCGAGGGAAGAGAAUAUUCCACUCGAAGGUCAACAGAGCCUGCCAUCCCAAACUUCAGACUGGAGCCGGUAUUCAAACAGCUUACUAGAAUCUGUUUCUGUUCCUGGAACACUAAAUGAAGCUGUUGUAAUGACUCCCUUUUCAUCAGAGCUUCAAGGAAUUUCAGAACAGACCCUCCUGGAGUUGUCCAAAGGAAAGCCUUCCCCCCAUCCCAGAGCAUGGUUUGUAUCUCUUGAUGGAAAACCAGUCGCACAAGUGAGACAUUCCUUCAUAGACCUGAAAAAGGGCAAGAGAGCCCAGAGCAAUGACACGAGUUUGGACUCUGGGGUGGACAUGAAUGAGCACCACUCAAGUAGAAAACUCGAGAGGGAGAAAACUUUCAUCAAAAGCAUGCAUCAGCCUAAGAUCCUUUACUUAGAAGAUUUAGACCUGAGCAGCAGUGAGAGUGGAACCACUGUCUGCUCCCCCGAGGACCCAGCUUUAAGACACAUUCUAGAUGGAGGGAGUGGAGCUAUCAUGGAACACCCUGGGGAAGAGUCUCCAGGAAGAAAAAGCACUGUUGAAGAUUUUGAAGCCAAUAUGUCCCCCACUAAAAAAAGGGGCAGACCACCACUAGCCAAAAAAGAUAGCAAGACUAAUAUCUGGAAGAAGCGAGAGGAACGUCCACUGAUUCCCAUAAAUUAACAUCAAGGGUGGUUGUGUCUCUGCUCUCUCGUGUUGUUUAUUCUUGCUUCGUGUAAAUUGCUGUAUGAACUUUCUAAGAAGUUGAGACUGAGCAAUCUCAUGGUCCCUGGACAUGUCUCAAGCAGAGUAAAUAGUAAAAUGGCAAUUCACUAACAAAAGAGAAAGAUACCAAGGAAUGCUUUUUCUGGCCUAUUCUUUUCAUUUAUUUUUGGGUGAUGAAUUUGAAGUAUCCAAGAGUUCAAAAGGUAAAAUAGUUUCAAGAUGUAAGUUAUCUGAAAAUGCUCAGCCACUUUAGCCCUCUCUAAAGAACAACUGUGAAAUGUGUACUCCUAAAGUUGCUUUCAAAAAAUGUUGUUUCUGCUUUGAUGACUGCCCCUGUGAAACAUUUAGGAAUGAAACUGUAUUCUUCAGGCAUCAUAGUCUUGUGAAAUGUUACUAUUAUGUUCUCCUCUGCCUGUCCCUGAAAAUAAGGACAAAUAUUGGGAAUUGAUGUUAUUCUAGAACAUAAAGGCCAAACAAUAUUUUCUUUUUUUUGCAGUCAACAGCAUGUGUACUGUGUCAACCCAAAAAUAAAUCUUACUUUUAAGAUGGGCAAGAAGCUACUUGGUGGUUAGAGAGGAAAAUGCCAGCUCUUUGGUUGUUUUUAGAUAUAACCUCACAGAAUAAUAAGGUGUUAAUUUGUUAUUUAGAAAUAUGGAAAAUGAAUGCUCUGAUACUUUCAUUUUUAUUUAAAAAAAUUUCCCCCUGUUUCUAAAGAGAAAUGAGCUUAGCUGUCAAGGAAAACUUCUUACCAGUCUGAACAUAAAACAAAACAAAACAAAAAAACAACCCAUAUCUUUAGUUUAAGACUCAUUGAUACAUGUAGGCAGCUUUAAGAUAUUUUUUAAUUCAUUCACUUAAACCUUUUAAACUUGGUUAAAAAAUAAAGUUUCUUAUG